AUAAUUCAAUCAUAACUUUGAUUUCUCCGUCGUUGCUACGCUUCCUACUUGUUCAAAGGUUCGAUUUUGAUUCUUACAACAAUUUUAGUACUGAUAUUCUUUGUCUUUGUUUUGCUUGAUUUGGGUUCGAUCAUUUUCUCUCUUUGCAAUUAGGGUUUUUGAGUUGCUUCUUUUGCACGCUUUCACAGACUGUUUCCUUAUCGAUUCGUUAUCUUCUCCUUUGCCUGCUCUGUAUUGAAUAAAAACGGCUACUUUCUGUUAACUUAGUUUUGCAAUUCGAUUCAAUUUCGGAAACUUAUCCUCUAAUCCUAAAUUAAUGUGUUUCUUUUUUCUUCGUUGUUAACAGUUUGAAAGAUCAAAAGAAGAAUGAGGGUUGAUUUUUCUGAGCCAGAGUGUAGAAACUGUUACCAUUGUCGCAACUCAGCCAUACUUAAUCCUCAAGAAUCCAUCACUUCAGUGCCGGUUAGUUCCGGACCAGUUCAAGCUCUUGGACAUGCUUCUGCUGCUAUUGGUUCAACCUCAACAUCAUCUCCAGUUCAAAGUUCUUCACCAUUCAGCUUUGGUUCCCCUACUGCUGCCAUCACAUCCGUUAGUUCCGGACCAGCCUUUCAAGCUCCUGUACAAGCUACUUAUGGUUCUGCUUCUGGUGCAUCUGCCACUUCCACAUCCUCAACUUCAUCUCCACUUCACAGUUUUUCACCAUUCGGAUUCGCUCCUACUGUUACAUCGGUUAGUUCUGAACCAACACAAGCUCUUGGUCCAACCACCUCUGGUUUCGGUGUAUCUGCUACUCCCACACAAGCUCCUUUCCAAGCUACUUUUGGUUCUGGUGCGUCUACUACUUCCAAACCCAUUAGCUUCCUCCCAUUUGGUUACGUCCCACCACCUCCACCGAGCGGUUCUUCACUGUUUGGGCCAACGCAAUAUAUGCCUUGGAGUAUUAAUUCUUAUUCUACAGAGCGCGGUGUUGAAUGGGCCUGGGUGAGACCCGAUAUUGCUGUCUUGCCAGCAUCUUCCUCCUCUACUAGUACAGUAGUUUUUGGUACAACACCAGUGAGUGUUUCUUCACUGUAUGGGCCGUCCCAAGAUUUUCCCAAGAAUACUUCUGUCUGUGCUUCAAGCACCCCAGCACCUACAAGGUGUGAAUGUUCUUUUGCUAGACCUAGUUUUGGUUCCUCGCCAGCAUCUUCAUCUUCUAACAUUUUCGGACCAAACCCAUCGACUACUGCAUCAGUUUUUGGUACAUCUGCAACGAGUGUUUCUUCACUUUUUGGGCCAGCACAACACCCACUAAGUUACUACUCUGUUGGUGGUUCAGCCUUCGCUGGUGUUAAAACAUCAUCUCCUCAACCUUUUGGUUUCAAUGGAGCUACUACUCUGUUGCCGAGCUCGCAUGAUGAUGAUGGACAAAAUAUAUCUGCUUCCAACCCUUAUCUAGACAAAAGCCCUGACGAAUUAAGGUGGGAAAAUUACAAGAAAGGAGUUAAAGGUGGGUCGUUUCCUGCUGCUCCUACCUCUCCCAUAGGCUCAAGGCCAAACGCUGUUUUUUCACCAUCAACCGUGUCGCCAUCAAUAUUUACUUCUCCAAGCGUACCUGAUCAUCAUCAGAGGACAAACUUUGGUAAAACGCAAGGAAACUUUACUCGUCCUGCUUUUGGUUUCUUCCCUGCUUCUGCUGGUGGUGCAACAACAUUUUCACCUAGUGGUUUCGGUCAACCUAAUGCGCCUUUCACUGGUUUCGGUUCCCAGUUUCCGAGUUCUUUUUCAUCGUUCUCUACUACAUUUCCUGCCGUAAGCUCGAGUGUUCAGAGACCCCAUGAAACAGCUGCUGUUUCUUCCCCAGCAUUUGGAUGCACAGUGUGUGGAGCAACAAGUAGCUCCUCAGCUUCUGGUCACUUCACCUUUAAUGGUGCCACAACUCCUCCAUCAGCUGCUACAACUCCUCCCGGGUUGUUCAUUCCUACCACUAGUUCUGGUUCUAUGAUGUUUGUUACAACCCCUGCUGCUCAAGGCACAACUCCAGCACUUCAAGCCUAUCCUGUUCAAGGUUUCAUUCUUCUCCCAUUCGCCGCCAUGAGUCUGCAGUAAUUUCUUUACUCUCUGCAUCAAACUCUGUCUUCCAAGUUGUAGGACUAACUGACUAAGUCUUUGUUUUGAUUAAGAAACAAAAAAAAAAAACAAUUGUGUCAAAUUUAUGAUUGUUUUUGUAAAAAUAUUAUCAUGGAUGAAAGCAGUUUCAGUUUUACAUAUUCUUCCUUUGAAUGUACUAUAAACAUCAUUAUUUUGA